CAGAAUCAUCUGUAGUUGGUUGGUUGGUUCUGUAUCCCACGCGAUAAUAUGCUUAACUGUAAAGCAGAGCUAAGCUCUCGCAGUCAAACCAAACCCUCAAGAAAACGAUACCGUAUCCGUGAUUCUGCUCUGUCUUUAUACUCUUCCUCUCUCAUCUGCUUUCUCUGUAAAUGUCUCUAUACUACUGUAUAUAUUAUGCAUUCUUUUUAUGCACACCAAACCAAAUUCUUGCCUUUCACGGGCUGUUUGGCCUUUUUCUUUGUACCCUUUCUUUUUUGCCUUUUUUUUUUUGGGUGUAUAGGAGCUUCACGUGUACCCUUUUAUUGAACUAUUCGAGGCUUUCUGCCUGUGAUUCUAUUUUGCUUUGAAUUGAGUGUUUUUUGGUGGUAUUUUCAACUCUAUUCUUAUCCAUUUUACUGAUUUUUGGAGAUUUUUUUUUUUAUUCUUGGUCAUAUCAUUGAACUUGAGAUUUUUUUUUUUAAGCUCUAUUUCUUUGCAAUUUAGCCAACUUUAAGGUUGCUGUUUUCUGGGUUUUACUUAAAAGUGAGUGUUUUGAUUCUGUUUACUUGGAUUUGAGUUCAAAGGGUAUUUUACUGUAAUUUGGUUCUUUGACCUGGCUUCUCACUUAAAUUUGUGCUGCCUUUUAAUCUGGGAUUUGGUUACAAGGGAUUUUCUUUGAUCACUCAAAUUUGGGUCGUCUUUGAUCUUUCAUUUCAUUGCAGAAAAGCUUGAAAAAAUGAAGGGAUGUUUGCUCUUUAAGUUCUUGGUUUUGUUUUUUCUGUCUUUGCUGUGUGGUCUUGGUGUGAGCAAAGAGUGUACAAACACUCCUACUCAGCUCUCAUCUCAUACAUUCCGUUAUGAACUCUUAUCGUCAAAUAAUGAAACAUGGAAGAAAGAAAUGUUUGCACGCUACCAUUUGAUACCAACUGAUGAUUCAGCUUGGUCUAAUUUGCUGCCACGAAAGAUAUUGAAAGAAGAAGAUGAGUUCGAUUGGGCGGCGACUUACAGAAAAAUGAAAAGUCCUCUUAAAUCAUCUGAACACUUCCUCGACGAAGUGUCAUUGCAUAAUGUGAGAUUGGAUUCAAGUUCAAUUCAAUGGCGCGCACAGCAAACAAAUUUAGAGUACUUGUUGAUGUUGGAUGUGGAUAGUUUGGUCUGGAGCUUUAGGAAGACUGCUGGAUUGCCUACACCUGGCACAGCAUAUGGUGGCUGGGAGGCCCCAGAUGUUGAGCUUCGGGGUCACUUUGUAGGGCACUACCUGAGUGCGUCAGCACAUAUGUGGGCUAGUACUCAUAAUGAUACUCUCCAAAAGAAAAUGUCCGCACUGGUGUCUGCUCUCUCUGCCUGUCAGGAAAAAAUAGGCACGGGUUACCUGUCUGCUUUUCCAUCUGAGCUAUUUGAUCGUUUUGAAGCUAUAAAGCCUGUCUGGGCUCCAUAUUACACUAUUCAUAAGAUCUUGGCGGGUCUCUUGGAUCAAUAUACAUUGGCAUAUAAUGCUCAAGCUUUAAAAAUGGUGAAAUGGAUGGUUGAGUAUUUCUACAACCGUGUGCAGAAUGUUGUAACCAAUUAUACCAUUGAAAGACAUUUUCUUUCACUCAACGAAGAAACUGGGGGUAUGAACGAUGUCCUUUACAGGUUAUUCAGCAUAACAGGAGAUCCAAAGCAUUUAAUAUUGGCUCACCUUUUUGACAAGCCAUGCUUCCUUGGCUUACUCGCAGUACAGGCUGAUGACAUAUCAGGUUUCCAUGCCAAUACACAUAUUCCAAUUGUUAUUGGAUCGCAAAUGCGAUAUGAAAUCACUGGUGAUACACUUUAUAAGGAAAUAGGGACAUUCUUCAUGGACAUUGUUAACUCUUCUCACAGCUAUGCAACUGGAGGGACGUCAGUUAGCGAGUUCUGGUCAGACCCAAAACGCUUGGCUAGUACACUCUCAUCAGAGAAUGAGGAAUCAUGCACAACUUAUAAUAUGCUCAAGGUCUCCCGUCACCUAUUUCGAUGGACCAAAGAAAUGGCAUAUGCAGAUUAUUAUGAACGAGCUCUGACAAAUGGUGUGUUAGGCAUCCAAAGGGGAACGGAACCUGGAGUGAUGAUUUACAUGCUUCCACAAAGUCCUGGAAGUUCUAAGGCCAGAAGUUACCACGGAUGGGGAACACAGUUUGAUUCUUUCUGGUGCUGCUAUGGAACAGGAAUUGAAUCGUUUUCAAAGCUGGGAGAUUCCAUAUAUUUUGAAGAGGAAGGACAAGUCCCUGGUCUUUAUGUCAUCCAGUAUGUAUCAAGUUAUCUUGAUUGGAAAGCAGGACAAAUUGUGCUCGAUCAGCAAGUUGAUCCUCUUGUUUCUUGGGAUCCUUAUCUUCGAGUGACAUUGACCUUUUCUCCAAUCGAGGGGGCAAGCCAACCAUCUACCUUGAAUUUUCGGAUACCAAUUUGGACAAAUUUGGAUGGUGCCAAGGCAACAUUAAAUGCUCAAAGUUUGUCUGUACCAGCUCCAGGUAAUUUCUUAUCAAUCACCAGAAAAUGGAGCAGUGGUGAUAAACUUACCCUUCAGUUGCCUAUCAGUUUCAGAACAGAGUCUAUUAAAGAUGACCGGUCUGAGUAUGCUUCUGUUCAGGCGAUACUUUAUGGUCCUUAUCUGCUUGCGGGUCAUACCAUUGGUGACUGGAACAUCAAAUCUGGGUCAGCAAAUUCUCUUUCGGACUGGAUAACGCCAAUUCCUGCCACUUACAAUAAUAAUCUAGUAUCUUUUUCCCAACAAUCUGGAGAUUCAGCUUUUGUGUUAACAAACUCAAACCAAUGGAUUACAAUGGAAGAGUUCCCUAAAUCUGGCACUGAUGCAUCUGUCCAUGCAACUUUUAGACUCAUCUUGAAUGAUUCUUCUUCCUCAGAAUUAUCAACAAUUGAAAAUGCUAUUGGAAAAUAUGUCAUGCUAGAACCAUUUGAUCUACCAGGAAUGCUUUUAGUGCAGCAAGGAAAAGAUGAAGGCCUUACAGUUGCAAAUUCUGAUAAUGGCGAUGGAUCAUCCAUUUUCCGUUUGGUUUCAGGAUUGGAUGGAAAGGAUGGAACUGUAUCCUUGGAGUCGGUAAGCUAUGAUGAUUGCUUUGUGUUUAGUGGUGUGGAUUAUCAAUCAGGAACAAGCUUAAAGCUCAGCUGCAAUUCAGAAUCCUCAGACAUUCAUCAGGGAGCCAGCUUUGUAAUGAACAAAGGAUUAAGCGAGUAUCAUCCCAUCAGCUUUGUAGCAAAGGGAGGAAAAAGGAAUUUUCUUCUUUCACCAUUACUGAGUUUCAGAGAUGAAUCCUAUACUAUCUAUUUUAACAUUCAUGCUUAACAAGCUUGGGAGGACUCAGAAAGCCUAGUAUAUUCCUGUAAGGCAAUAAAUUACUCCUAUUUUAGCCUCCAGAGGGAUGUGGACACAAGCAGGGAUGAUCUCCUUUUUAUCAAAUUUUUAUGUUUAGUUAACGAGA